CUAGGACUAAAUGUUUUACAGAAACCUUCUUUACCUGAAGUUCUGAUUCUAAGGAAAAAGAGAAACCAGUGUUUUUUUUUUUUCUGUAUUUUGCUGUUUCUUGGUUAGGAAUUUGAGCACAAAACCGAGAGAAAGAAAAUCUGGUUCAAGAUGAAGGUUCAUGAGAAAGGAUCUCAUGCUCAUCAACCUGCUGAGGAGGAUAGAAUGGUAACAAGGAAACAGAAGGCAGAGAGCAAAGGGCACGAGGAAGGGCAGUCGCCCAAGAAGGCGAAAUCAGAGAAUGACAAUGACCGGAAUAAUGGAAAAACAACUUCUGGGAUAGCAGCAGAUUUCGACAAGUUCUGUAAAGCUACGAGGGAGCAUCUGUCUAUCGAACAAAUGCGCGGAAUACUUGAAGCAAAUGGCCAAGAUCCUUCUGGUUUGGAUGAUGCUGUUGUCCCCAUAUGCCAAGACAUUCUGUUUUAUGGUCCACUUGCUAACUGUCCAAUAUGUGGUGGCACAUUGGUAUGCAACGGUAAGGAAUAUACCUGCACGGGAGAAUAUAGUGAGUGGUCAAGUUGCACCUAUACGACUAAGAAUCCACCAAGAAGGAAUGAGCCCCUGGAGAUACCUGAAUCUGUUGAGAAGUCUCCGGUUUCUGAUUUGAUAAUAAAGAAACAUCAAGAUUCAAACAGCCGCCCCCAGAGGGAGUUGGCUUUGGCUGAUAAACCAUUUACAGGAAUGGUGAUUUCUCUGUCAGGCCGUCUAAGUCGAACGCAUCAACACUGGAGAUCAAAGAUUGAGAAGCACGGGGGGAAGGUUGCCAACCAUGUUAUUGGGGUCACUUGCCUAGUUGCAUCAUCGGCUGAGCGAGAACGUGGUGGCUCUGGCAAAUUGGCUGAGGCAAUUGAGACGGGGAUACCUGUUGUUAGAGAGGAAUGGUUAAUUGAUAGCAUUGAGAAAAAAGAAGCACAACCCUUGGAUGCUUAUGACAUUGUGAGUGAUCUGGCUGUAGGCGGUAAAGGCAUUCCUUUGGACAAGCAGGACCCAAGCGAAGAGGCAAUCGAGACUAUUGCGGCUGAGCUAAAUGUUUAUGGAAAAAGGGGUGUCCAUAAGGAUACAAAGUUGCAGGAUGAGGGUGGGAAGAUAUUCGAGAAAGAUGGUAUACUGUACAAUUGCGCUUUUACUCUUUGCAAUCAAAAACGAGGAAACAAGGGAAGAAUUGGUGACAUUGAGAGGGCAGAUGAUCAGCUAGACGAAAGGGAAAACAUUGAUAAUGCAAUUAUGGAGUUUGUUAAGAUUUUCGAGGAGGUGACUGGGAAUGAGUUUGAGCCGUGGGAAAGAGAGAGGAAAUUUGAGAAGAAGCCCGGCAAGUUCUAUCCCCUUGACAUGGCCGAUGGUGUGGAAGUUAGGCAUGGGGGAAUUGGCUUUAGGCAACUUGGAUUAGCAGUUGUGCAUAGUAAGCUUGAUCCGAUGGUGGCAAAUUUCAUGAAAAUCUUGUGCAGUCAAGAGAUUUAUAGAUAUGCUUUGACGGAGAUGGGACUAGAUUACCCAGAAUUUCCCAUCGGAAUGCUCUCAGAUGUGCAUUUGAAUAGAUGUAAGAGUUAUCUCCUGGAAUUUGUUGAAAAAUUGAAAUUUAUGGAGGAGUCCGGACCAAAGGCUGAGGCAUUUUGGACUGAUUUCAGCCAAAGAUGGUUUACAGUUUUUCCCUCUACAAGGCCUUUUACAUUCCGUGACUUGGGUGAUCUAGCAGAGCAUGGUGCAGCUGCGUUUGAAACUGUCAGAGACAUUACAGCAGCUUCCUAUGUUAUAGGAGACAUGUCUGAUGGUAUUGUUGAUGAUCCUCUCUUUGAUCGGUAUAAGAAGCUGGGAUGUUCUAUUUCUACUCUUGACAGAGAUUCAAGUGACUACAAAAUGGUAGUAAAUUAUCUUGAGAGGACCUAUGAACCUUAUAAAGUUGGAGAAAUUAAUUACGGCGUCUCUGUUGAGAACAUCUAUGAGGUUGAACCAAGUGCAUGCCCCUCUCUUGAAGAAAUAAAGAAGUUACCAAACAAAAUGCUCCUGUGGUGUGGUUCUCGAAGUUCAAAUCUACUGAGGCACUUGCACAAAGGUUUUCUGCCUGCUGUUUGUUCACUGCCUGCUCCCGGUUAUAUGUUUGGCAGGGCCAUUGUCUGCUCUGAUGCUGCAGCAGAAGCAGCUAGAUAUGGUUUUACAGCUGUUGAUAGACCAGAUGGUUUCCUAGUACUGGCUGUAGCAUCCUUAGGGGAGCAGAUUCUUGAAACUAGUAGCCCACCUGAGGAUACAGAGUCCCUGGAAGAGAAGAAGAAGGGGGUGAAAGGUCUGGGUCGAAAGAAAACCUAUGAAUCAGAACACUUUGUGUGGAAGGAUGACAUCAAGGUGCCUUGUGGCCGCCUAAUUCCCUCGGAGCACAAAGACAGUCUUCUUGAGUACAAUGAGUAUGCUGUCUAUGAUCCACAGCAGGUAAGCAUAAGGUUCUUGGUGGGAGUUAAGUAUGAAGAACAGGAUGUGGAGUACGACGUACAGGAGUAGAGAGAUGAAGCAGAGCAACUUUUUUUGGGAGAGACUUUUGAAAAUAACAGGGCAGGGAAGGUAUGUAGAUAAAUCGCUUCACCUUUCUCGUUUUAGAAACUAGAAAGGGAGUGCUGGAAAGGUUGGUACUUACAUGGGUGGUUGGAGUUCUAAAACUUAAACAAGAAAUGUUGCUGAUGAUUUAUUUUGCUUGCUGUAAUUAUCUCAAACAUCUAAAAGUGUAGUUGUAGGUGAUACAAUCUCUCUAUUUUGUAAUGUUAAACCGGUGGCUUGUUUAUGUGUUUUUUAAAUGAACUGGUCUGAAAGGAACACUAAGAUCCACGAUCAGUUUACGAAUUACUGGAGCUUUUUUAAUGAAAAUGAACUAAAAUUGUCUUUGUAUCCAGUGUUGUAUCCGGAGCAGGACACCGCACAAGACAAUAUGGACUACAAGACAAUAUGGACUAGGGACGUUUGUCUUGGGGCUUGUUUUGAACACACGAUAACCAACUUUGUUGUCCUGGUCUGGAAUGGAAAGAUAUUGCUGAUUACAGGGUUCACAGCCAUAUUGCACAAUACCAUUUGGAUUGUUUCUUCUGUACUACCUAAUGGUGCCUAAUCUGUUCUUUCUGUGAUGUUUAUGUGGGACUUUAAAGAGCCACCGGAAUCUAAAUAAUAAAUACUCAUUCAAGUCGCACAGAUAACUUCGUCUCAAAUCAGGCUGUAAGCUGAAAUAGAAGCGCCUCUAGAGGAAAU